AUGGUUUUAAAUUUAGUCUCUGAUGAGAAUGGAUUGGAUAUAUCAUUCAUUUCAUAUAAUGUUACUUUUAUAGAUAGAUGUGCUCAAUUCACUGUAACACUAAAAUAUAAAAAUUUAUCAAGUUUACCAUUACCAUUAAAAUUUAAGAAUGAUGGUAGAGAUUUAGGAAUUUUAAUACAAUUAGAAUCAAAGAUUGGUGAAGAAGUAGGAGCAUUUAAAAUAGAGAAUUCAAACUUAACAAGUAUAGACUAUCCAUUAUUAAAAUCAUAUGGUAUGAGUCCUGAAAUAGAGAAUAGUGGUAGUGGUAGUAGUAGUGGUAACAACAAUAAUAAUAAUAAUAAUAAUAAUAAUAGUUUGGUACAUGGGGAUAUAAAUAUAGAGGAAUUAAUAAAGAAUAUGACAAUCGAUCAAUAUUACGAUAACAAAGUAUCAAUGAUGAAUAUCGUUGAUCUUAUGCCCGGUAAAGAGAUUACAAUGAUUUCAAAAUAUUUAAAAGAAUUACCAACUAUAAAAACUAAUAACAAUAAUAAUAAUAAUAAUAGCAAACCAAAUCCAAAUAUAGAUAGUAGUAAUGGAGAUGAGAUAAUAUCGAUAACCAUACCGAAACAGACAUCAAUAACAUCACCAUUCCCACCAAUAAAUAUAGAGAUUACAAUCGAUGGUGAAGUUAGUAUACCACUUCACUCAUCGGUAUGUCCAUCACAUCCAUCAUCAAUUUCAUCAUUGACCCUAUGUGAGAAUAUCAUAUCAUCGAAACAUGAUAUCAAAAGUAAUUCCUUAUUGAAUGAUGAUUUCAAUUUACUCAUUGGUUUAGAAUCAGAAUUGCAUCACAGUGGUUGGACAACAUGUACAUUAUCACCCUCCUCAUCACCUCCAUUAUUAUCCUCCUCUCCAAAUUCACUACCACCAACCACUGUAAUUUCAACUUUGAUAAAUUUAAAUCAACCAACACCACCACUUGUCGAUAGAGUUUCUUUUAACAAUGUAGAAUAUAGUCUAAAUAGUUCAUCAACAACAACUACAUCUUAUAGUAAUAAUAAACAAACUAUAAUUUAUAGUUUGAAUAAUAAUGAUAAUAAUACAAAUAAUACAAAUAACAAUACAAAUAAUAAUAAUAAUAAUAAUAAUAAUAAUGUAAUUUUAAAGUAUAAUAAUAACAAAGAAUUUAACCUUUUAUUAAAAACCCCAACUUUACCCUCUUCAUCGAGUAUUUUAAAUAAAUUUUCUUCACUUUCAAAAAUUCAACAAUUAUGUAAAAAUAAUGAUAAUAAUAGUAAUAAUAAUAAUGAUAAUAAUAAAAAUAAUGAUAAUAAUAAUAAAAACAAUGAUAAUAAUAAUAAUAGUAAUAUAGAUACAGGUACAGGUUUAGAUAUAGGUACAUUAUUGAAUAUAAUAUUCACAACAUCAAAUAAUAAUAGUAAUUUAGUAAAUAAUAAUAAUAAUAGUAGCAAUACGAUAGUGUCACCACUUUCACAAUCAGCACCACCAAUUAAUAAUAAUAAUAAUAGUAAUAAAGAUAUAUCAAUGAUUGAACAAAAUAUAACGACAACAUCAUCACCACCAACAACAAUAACAACAACAUCACCACCAUUACCAAAACUUCAAGAAUCUGGUGAACUUUUAUCAAAUAUGUUAUCGAAUUUACCAAAAGCGAAAUUAGGGGGAUUAAAUCAACAAAGUUUAACAGCACCACCAUCAGUUGGUAAAGAUCUUUCAAAUCCAAUUGCAGAUUUCAUAGCAAGUAGAGCUGCAGCAGGUGGUUCAAGUGGUAGUAAUAAACCCAAGAAGGGACCACCACCUAAAUUGGGUGGUUUAGGUGGUGGGUUGAAUACCUCAACAGGUGCAGGUGGAAUUGGUGAUGUUAGAGUACAAAGAUUGGCAAGUUAUAAUAAAGUCAACCAAUUAUGGAAUGUUUCAUCAUCAGAUUUUGCACAACGUGUUUCAAUUACCCUAAGAGAACUUGAACCCUAUGCAAUUGAUUAUGCAUUGUCUCAUAUUAAAUCAAAGUGGUGGGACAAGAAUAGGAUAGCAACACUAGCUGAAAUCAAAUGUAUACAUUCUAUAAUCUCUUCAAUCAUUAAUAGUCCAAAAAUUAAUUUAACAUAUAUUUCUCCAUCAUCAUCAUCAUCAACAAACUCUUCAAAUUCAGACGCAAAAGAUCAAACAUCAACCACUACAACCACCACUACAUCAUCACCAACUCCAAGUGCUUCAGAUGUAGCAGCAAGUAGAUUUUUAUUACAAAAAGGUAGUUUUACUGAUUUAACAAAAUUAAUGGGAAAACCACAAUCAUCAUCAUCAUCAUCAUUAUCACCCUCAUCUUCACUCAAUCCUUCACCAUCAACCUCAUCAAAUUCUUUAUUAUCACCAUCAUCACCAAGUAAAACGAGAAAAGAGGUAGAGAUGGAAAUUGAUCCAGUAAAACUGAGAUGGAUUGUUGAAGAAGUUUUAAAUGGUGAAAAAGCGUCAAUAGAGAAUAGUAAUAAUAAUAAUAAUAAUAAUAAUAAUAAUAAUAAUAACGGUAAUAAAUGGUUUAGUGUAAGUAUUGGAGAAACAAAAGGAGGUAGACCUCAUAUGGAGGAUAAUCAUGUUAUUCUUGAGUAUCCAUAUGAAUUAUAUGGUUUAGAGAAAAAGAAAAGUGUAGAUUCAAUAGCAGGUGCAAAUAGUAAUAGUAAUAAUAAUAAUAAUAAUAAUAAUUGUAUAAGUAUUUUAUCAUCAAAUGAACAAUUCUUUUUUGGUGUAUUUGAUGGUCAUAAUGGAAAGAUAGCAGCUGAAUACUCAAGAGUUAAUUUACCUUAUGAAAUUUUUAAUAGCUUUAUAAAAAUUAACAAAGUUGGCAACAGCGCAAACAAUAACAAUGUUGAUGAUUUAUGUUUGGAGGCUAUCAAACAAGGCUAUUUGAAUACAGAUAAAUACUUUUUAGAUUAUGCAGAAUCUGAUAAUAAGAAAGCAGGUACAACAGUUGCAACAGUGAUCUUGGAAAGAGAAAGAUUUAUCGUUUCAAAUGCAGGUGAUACAGAGGUUGUAUUAUGUUCAGGAGGCAUUGCUGAACCAUUGUCAAUCAUUCAUACACCAAAAUUAGAUACUGAAAGAAUACGUAUAGAGAGUGCUGGCGGUUCAAUCAUUCAUUAUGGUACACUAAGAGUCAAUGGUUUAUUGUCAGUAUCUCGUUCCAUUGGUGAUAAGAAUUUAAAAGAAUUUAUUAUACCAAAUCCUGAUUCCCACAUUCACAAUAUCAAUAAACCCAAUGACCAAUUCUUAAUGAUUGCAACUGAUGGUCUUUGGGAAGUUUUUAACCAUCAAGAUGUAGUCAAUGAAGUCCUAAAAUUAUUACAAGAUAAAACUAUUCAAAAAGAUGAUAUCUCUUCAAUCAUUGUUGAAGAAGCAAUUAAAAGAAAUUCAAAAGAUAAUAUAACUUUAAUAAUUAUUUUCUUUAACCAAAAUUAA